AUGCAAGUAGAUGUUAUGAAAAUUUCGCAAUCAUUCUGUCUUGAUGCCACCCACUGGAUUUCUUCCAGAAAGACAGAAGUUUUGUAUUCUUUGGUUACUUGCCAUCUACAGACAGGCAAAGGGGUUUUUGCCGUGUACAUGAUCGCUAAUAAUAACAGUGUUGGUCCAAUUAAUCGGUGGCUCGUGCAUCUCCGUGAUAUGAGCAGUUUCUCGCCAUUGAACAUUUCGAUUGACUGUAGCAUUCCAAAAGUCAAUACAGUCAAAGCUCGAUAUAGUGAUAAUUUUUUGGAAAAUUUGGCACUACCACAUGUAGCAAUCCACUAUUGUGAUUUUCACGUUCUUCGUGCUUGGCAGGGAAAUAUGGGCAGCAAAGUCAGCUUAAGUGGAGAGUAUACUUCGGGGCAGCUUAAUGCAUACAAGAAACAGCUCAAAGACUGCUUGAAGGACAUGCUUGUUGAGAGCAUAUACGUGACCAACAAUUACGCGGAGACUUGGCAGAACCAGUUAAAGAAGGUAUACUUUAAACGUACCCGAGUAAGAAGACUUGAUCGAUUGGUGUCCAUUUUGACAAACAACGUUGAAUUCUACUACGAACAAGAGGUGGAGAGAAUUCAUCUCAACAAUGGCAGAAUGGGACCCGUUGAAAAUGAACUAUCAAGACAUUCCCUUGCCGCCUCGCAUAUAACAGAUGACAUACUCCCUUCCAUGCUCCUCAACCCUUUUGGUGAGAUUGAUAGCGUGUCGAGAACCACCUCAUACAAUACCGUACCUGCCAAAACUUCUCGAGGCAUUAAAUACCGUGCAAGCACAUUUAUUUGGUCAAUCGCCAAACGGAGACAAGAGCAAAAAGACGAUGUUGUUGACGUAGUAGGUGAAGAGGUUGAGGAGAGAGGUGAGGUUGAGAAGAGUAGAAAAACUGCAGAUGUCUUUGACAGGAUUUGUGCCCAUGCUACAGCAAUCUACCGAGAGUUCGAAACCUUCCAGAUUUCAAAGACAAUCCCUGGUUUAGACCAAACGAAAGCUGAAAAGAUAAAGAUAGCGUUUUUGGAUGCAUUAAGGCUGUCAAGAGAGUAUAAAGAAGAAAACCCUUCUUACUUUAAAGAUUUAAUCACCCAAAAAUAA